AUGGCAACAUCAAAACCGGAAGCACGUGUUUUGGGGGAAAUUCAAGAAUUAUUGAAUCUUUACUCCAACCUGAGUCUUGUUGGCGAUGGAAAGAAGGUGAAAUGUAGACUUUCUGGUCAUGAAAUGCCAUGCAAACCAGAGGCAAUCAACAGCUAUCUUGAAGGGAAAAAGUUCAAGAAACUCCAGUCACAUAAAGAAUUUGACUAUGAAAAAUAUAAACAGCAUCUUGUGCCAAAUAAAAAGAAAAAACAUGAGAACCAGCUGUUCUGCAAGCUGACAUUACGCACACUGAACAAACAACCCGUGCAUGUCCUGCGUCAUGUCAAUGGGAAGAGAUUCAAGAGGGCUUUAGCAAGAUGGGAGGAGUGCAAGAAAAAUGGUGAGAAGUUCAUUCCACGUGGAAAACGCCGGAAACAGGAUUCAAUUGGUGAUGAUGAAAGUGAGAGUCCAUCACAAAAGAAUGAGGGGGAAUCUGGGGCCAGCGGUGACGAGAGUGAUGUCGAUAGUCUAAGCGAUCUUCACCCAGCGAAAGAUUUUGAAUCUGAGCAGGAGGGAGAAGAAGAAGAAGCAGACAGUGACUUUGAUUUUGAAGAAGAAGAAAUAGACGAUCUACCAGUACCACCCUCAAAUGGUGAUGCUAAAGGGAAAAAAUCGAAAGGAGCAGCCAGUGUUUCUUCUCCAUUCAGUGGUAAAGGAAAGAAAUCAAAGGGAGAAACUGAGAAAUCUAAGUCACAAAAUACCAAAGGGAAGAACCAAAAAUCUUCAAAACAUGUUGAAGAAGAAGUUUUGGAACCAAUCAAGAAAGCAAAGAAAAGGAAAUCAGAAGAGUCUAGUACAAAACCAAAGAAGGCAAAGUUUGAAAAGAUGAAGACCAAUUCUGUGCCAAAAAAAGUCAAGCAACGAUAGUGAUACUUGAGGGCUGUUAGCUUUAGACUUGAUUUUAGAUAGAAGGUGCUACAUAAACAUAUGUAUUCUAUACUUCCAGAGCUACAUUUUGGAUUUUUGGGUAACUUUGGGAACCUUGCUGUGUUCUAUAAUUGGAACUCUGUUUAAAAACGGAUUGAAAUGGGAACCAAUUUGUCAUUAGUUCUUGAGAAAGCCAGGAGAUGGCAGUGUAUUCUCUUUGUUCAGGUUGGUAGCCAAUUAUGGACAGAAUAAGAUUAGUUUUGUUAAUGGCCACCUGUUGAGCCACAAGUAUGUAAUUGUUGAUACAUUAUUCUAAUCUCUGG